GAGCGCCCGCAUCGCCUGGCCGCAUAAUAUACUUGUGGAAGCUGGUGAUCGGUCUACCGUCGAUACGUACCGAAAUCAAAAGUGCGUAUCUGAACUUUUGUGUUACAACUUUUGUGAUAAUUAAGUGUUAUUUGUGUGCGUUUGGAUUUAUAGAGUAAACGGAACUGGCUUCAGUUACAAAAUGUCGUUCGUCGAUUCCUACAAAACCUUUAUGGAAAGGAAUAGUGAUCCCCGCACGGAGAACUGGUGGUUGAUGUCAGGCCCUGGACCACUUAUCACUCUUCUUGCAACCUAUUUGUAUUUCUGCACAUCAGUCGGACCUCGGUACAUGAGAGACAGGAAACCGUACUGCCUGAAGAAUACUAUUAUCGCCUACAAUGUAUCACAAAUACUUAUGAGCAUGUUUCUAGUGUACGAGGGUUUGGUUGCGGGUUGGUGGAACGACUACAACCUUACAUGUCAGCCAGUGGACUAUUCGGACGAUCCGAAAGCACGAAGGAUGGCGGCAGCGGUAUGGUGGUAUUUCUUUGCGAAAAUUGUCGAGUUACUCGACACUGUCUUCUUUGUGCUCCGAAAGAAGAAUAGGCAGAUAUCUUUCCUCCAUCUGUACCACCACACGAUGAUGCCAAUUUGUGCGUGGAUUGGAACUAAAUUCUUGCCUGGUGGCCAUGGUACGCUUCUUGGAGUCAUUAACUCAUUCAUCCACGUCAUAAUGUACACAUACUAUUUACUCUCUGGUCUUGGUCCACAGUACCAAAAAUAUUUGUGGUGGAAACGACAUGUCACAACCUUGCAAUUGAUACAAUUCAUCAUAAUAUUCUACCACAAUUUCACCGUAAUGUUCUGUGAUUGCAACUAUCCAAAGGGUAUCAAUUUCUUACUGUCGCUCAACGCUGGUCUGUUCUUGUACAUGUUUGGUAACUUCUACUAUAGAAAUUAUAUAAACAUUGAUAGAAGAAAUAUUAAGUCUAUUCCUACUUCUAAUGGGGUUAUUUCAAAUGGAGCAGUUAGCAACGGUGUCCUUACUAAUGGAAAGGCGAAAGAAUGCUAGUAAACGCUUAGAAUGCUCAAUUAGCUUUAAGUUAUUAAUUAAUGUGAUGCAAAUAUAUUGAAACAUGACUAGAUUAGUGUUUGGUAUUCAUCUGUAGGCUAGUAGGAAUAAUAAAUAAUUUGACUGUAUGAGUAGGUAUGAUACUAGACCUGGAUUCCAGUUGUGAUAAAUUUAUAUUUUAUCUUUGUUUUAACUACGCGAGAAAUUGUACAGGCCAUUUAUUUUAAGGUUUAAGAAGGUAUGUUAAUAAAUACCACGCAAAUUUGCAUUUACAAUUAUUUUUUUUACUUGCAAUCGUUACAAACAAUUUUUCGUAUACGGAGUCAAGGCCAAACUAAUGAAUGCCAUUUUAAAAUGAACUGAAUUAAUAAGCAUAUUUUAUUGUCUGAGUAAUUAUAAUAAUUUACGGCAACCCAAUUGUUUAGAAUCUGUCCGCAAUUUAACAUAUUAUUAUCAAGUAGUGAUAUAGAACAAAUAAUCAACUCAUUUAUCAAAAAAUUAAAUGAACUUUAAAAACCUAAAUAAAAUAUGAUUUAAUGUAAAUAGACUCUACAAUUAAUACAUUACUGGUAAAACACAACAUAUUAUAUGUUUUUAUAGAACUACGCCUAAAAGCCUUUAGCGUGGUUGCAAUAUAAUAUGAUUAUGAUAAUUGACAAAUAAAGAAAAACAUCUUAGAGCAAUUAAUUUAAACUGCAGUAUAAAGUUUUUGAUUGAAUUAAUUAAGAAAAAAUGCAAAGACAGAACUGUAAAUAUUAAUAUUAUAUCAGUUGAAAAUAGUAUGUGGAUUGUAAAUAUUAAUUUCAACGUACUAUCAUACCAUUUAAAGCGCUCAUAGUAAAACUUAUUAAUUUUAAUACUUUCUUACUAAAUACUUAUAAUUAUUCUGAGGCAUCGAAACUUACUUCAUACUUUACUAAGGGAAUUGAUAUAUUCCUAUUAUCGUGCGCAAAGUUGGAUUUUGCGCAUGCAUUUGCGUUCGCAAAGUACCACUUUCCCACACGUUGACAAGAGCGUGCGGGAAUGUUUGAAAAUAAUUAUAAUGGUCGAACUUUGCGCAAUUUAAUAGGAAAAAUAGUGUACGAGACUCGUGCGAACGUAGGUCAUCCUACGUGGACGUGGAAGCUCAAAAUGUACGCCUGCAUUGAAAAAUAUUUGACCUUAUGAUUUUUAUAGUUAAGCAUAUAUGAAAAACUAUACACAAUUAAAAAUAGAAGUACAAUUAUGAGGAAUAAGAUAAAUAUACGCAAUAACAUAUUCUAUAUACCCACUGACCUCUACUUUAUACCACUGGACUGGUGGCUCAAAAGUGUCAAAGUCCUUUUGUGUCUAUUUGAUAUUCGCCAUUUUGGCGCUGUUGGCCAUGUAGCGAGAGUCUGCGGUACUAAAAAUAGUGAUGUCAACCUCAGCAAAUAUCGAUUAAUGGUGGGAAGCAAUUUACAAAAAAAUGUGUACUUAUUUACGUUGAUUCUUGAAGUAUAAAUAACACGGAAAACGAACGAAAUUAAUUCAUAAUGCAAAAACACUUCAGAGUAUUGUACGUUCUUUCGAAGCCAUUUGUAUUUUACGUCAAAAUUAGUUCUCUGGAUGCCUGCGAGUGGCGCUUCAAAUAGGCACAAAACUGCUGCAAACAUAUGGAAUAGCCUGUCCAGUGGUAUUUAUACAGGUCAGUGUAUAAACCAAUUAAUUUUUUUCUGAUUUAACUAAAUUUAUUACUUAUGAUACAUAAAAAACGGGCACAGCUAUGUUUUUGUUGUUGAGCCAAGACUGGCUAUAAUAGGCGUACAAAUGAUAUCAGUGUAAAAAAGAACUCAACCUAUUUUAUAUUACAUGAGAUUGGUUGAACUACGCAACCAACUGUGAAAUUAUUAUUUACGCACACCCUAGAUUGGAAAGGAGAUAGGACAUUUUAUCGGGAAAUGCUAAGAUUUCCCGAGUAUUCCCGCAGGGGCAGAAUAUAAUAGUCAUAUUAUGUAGCCUAUAAUUAUCCAUUCACAUAAUUUUACUAUAUAAGAUUGUGCUUCAUAAGU